CAGGGCCAGGCUCAGUUCAUUGGCGGCGACAUGGAACCAGAGGCCGGUGCUGGAGCUGCUGCCCCUUCUGCUGUGGACCCGGCGAUUAUUGAAGAGGUGUGGAAUAUCAAGCAAAUGAUUAAGUUGACCCAGGAACAUAUAGAGGCCCUUCUGGACAGAUUUGGUGGACUGCAUAACCCACCAUCAAUAUACUUGGAGGCCUAUGAAGAGUACACCAACAAGCUAGAUGCCCUUCAGCAAAGAGAGCAACAGCUGUUGGAAUCUCUGGGUAAAGGAGCAGGUUUUUCUGUUUCUAGCUCUGCAUCAUUUGAAAGUGUUCCAUUUGCCUCUUCUUCUAGCCUUUCAGUGCCACCAUCAUCUCUUUCAGUUCAGACUCCCGGGGAUGUUUCUCGGAACAACCUCAAGUCACCACAGAAACCUAUCGUGAGAGUUUUCUUGCCCAACAAACAGAGGACAGUGGUACCUGCAAGAUGUGGUUUUACAGUCCGAGAGAGUCUGAAGAAAGCACUGAUGAUGAGAGGUCUCAUCCCAGAGUGCUGUGCUGUGUACAGAAUUCAGGAAGGAGAGAAGAAACCAAUUGGUUGGGACACUGAUAUUUCCUGGCUUACUGGAGAAGAGUUACUUGUUGAAGUACUAGAGAAUAUUCCACUUACAACACACAACUUUGUCCGGAAAACCUUCUUCACCUUAGCAUUUUGCGACUUCUGCCGAAAGCUGCUUUUCCAGGGUUUCCGCUGUCAAACAUGCGGUUAUAAAUUUCACCAGCGUUGUAGUACAGAGGUUCCACUGAUGUGCGUCAAUUAUGACCAACUUGAUUUGGUGUUUGUCUCCAAGUUCUUCGAGAAUCACCCACCACAGGAAGAGGCCUCUUUCGCAGAGACUGCUGUUCUACUUGGAUCGUAUUUUGCAGCAACCUCAGAAUCGUAUUCUGCAGGACCCUCAGAUUCUACUGUGCCACAAAUCCUCAACAGUCCAUCUCCUUCAAAAUCCAUUCCGAUUCCACAGUCCUACCGACCAGCAGAAGAAGAACCUUGCAAUCAGUUUGGGCAACGAGACCGGUCCUCCUCAGCUCCCAAUGUUCAAAUAAACACAAUUGAACCUGUCAAUAUUGAAGAUCUGCUAAGAGAGCAUGGGUUUCGUGGUAGUGGAGGGCCAACCACAGGCCUGUCUACCACCCCACCUGCUUCAUUAUCUGGCACACUCACUAAUGUGAGAAUCUUACAGAAAUCUCCAGGACUUCAUCGGGAAAGGAAAUCAUCAUCCUCGGGAGACAGAAACCGGAUAAAAACACUUGGCAGAAGAGAUUCAAGUGAUGAUUGGGAGAUUCCUGAUGGACAGAUUACAAUGGGACAGAGAAUUGGAUCUGGGUCAUUUGGAACCGUCUUCAAGGGAAAGUGGCACGGCGAUGUGGCAGUGAAAAUGUUAAAUGUGACAGUACCCACACCUCAACAGUUACAGGCCUUCAAGAAUGAAGUUGCAGUACUAAGGAAAACUCGUCAUGUGAACAUCCUCCUUUUCAUGGGCUAUUCUACAAAGCCACAACUGGCUAUUGUUACACAGUGGUGUGAGGGCUCCAGCUUAUAUCACCAUCUCCACAUCAUCGAGACCAAAUUUGAGAUGAUCAAGCUCAUAGAUAUUGCACGGCAGACUGCACAGGGCAUGGAUUACUUACAUGCCAAGUCAAUCAUCCACAGAGAUCUCAAGAGUAAUAAUAUAUUUCUUCAUGAAGACCUCACAGUAAAAAUAGGUGACUUUGGUCUGGCCACAGUGAAAUCUCGCUGGAGUGGAUCCCAUCAGUUUGAGCAGUUGUCUGGCUCUAUUUUGUGGAUGGCACCAGAAGUCAUCAGAAUGCAAGAAAAAAACCCAUAUAGCUUUCAGUCAGAUGUGUAUGCAUUCGGGAUUGUUCUGUAUGAACUGAUGACUGGCCUGCUACCUUAUUCAAGCAUCAACAACAGAGAUCAGAUCAUUUUUAUGGUGGGACGAGGAUACCUAUCUCCAGAUCUCAGUAAGAUACGGAACAACUGUCCCAAAGCCAUGAAGAGAUUAAUAAUAGAGUGCCUCAAAAAGAAAAGAGAUGAGAGACCACUCUUUCCUCAAAUCCUCGCCUCCAUUGAGCUGCUGGCCCGCUCUUUGCCAAAAAUUGACCGCAGUGCAUCAGAGCCCUCCUUGAAUCGUGCUGGUUUCCAAACAGAAGAUUUUAGUCUGUAUGCUUGUGCUUCUCCGAAAACACCCAUCCAACCAGGAGGAUAUGGAGAAUUUGCAGCCUUCAAGUAG